GAAGAAGAAGAAGACCGACGUCGAUACUGUGCGACGUGCCGGAUGGAAACGAUCUUUAGAACUGCUACAUUUUGACAGCAGCAUCUCACUGUUGCUGUCUUACGAGUGAAUUAGUGGGUCAGAAUUUAAAUUGUACAUGUAGAUAUUAAGAAUUUAACUGUCAGUAGCUACAUGGGUGUAGCCUCAUAUUUUGGACUUAACGGUCUAGUCCACAAAUCCAUCCGGCACUGCGUGUAUCUAAGUGACGCAACGUUUGUUAGCAUCCUAGUUACCGGUUAAAGAAUAUUUGCUGCCACCCCGGCUUGUUUGUGACGGCGCCAUGAGUUAUGGAUACGGCGGUGGGGGUGGAAGAAGGGGCAGAAGGGGAGGUCGAGGGUACAGAGAUGGCAGCAGAGAAAGGUGGGACAGAGGAGCAGACGCAGGAGGUUCCAGAGGACAGAGUUCCGACUUUGACCAGGACCGAAGUGGAGGUGGACCGCGGGACCGUCCUCCUCCACACUUGAAGGGACGUGAGAUUGGUCUGUGGUACGCAAGAUACGGAGCCGUGAGGAGGAAACAGGCUGACCGGAGAUCGCGGGCGGAGGUCCAGAUGGAUGAGGCGAGAGAGCAGAACAUUACCAAGCUGCUUAACUCUGUCCAGAAUGACCAGCCUGGUCCAGAGAGAGGUGGCAGGGAUGCAAGAGCCUCCACGUCUCACAACUGGCAGGCAGAUGCCAGUAGAAGUAGUCACUGUUACUUUGAUGGGGAUAUGCCUGAAGAGGAUAAACAGAUCAAGAUCGAGAUCAAAUCUGAGGAAGAGGAGGAAGAAGUUAGUUCAGGCCAGAAGAAAGCAGCUUACAAAUCACAACGUUACUUUACACCGGGAGUCGUUAAAGAUGAACCUCCGGACAAGUGGGACGAAGAAGAGCAGCAGCAGCAGCAGCAGCAGCAGCAGCAGCAGCAGGAGGAGAAAGAGAAACUGAGAAGGAGACACAAGGAUCUGGAAUUCUUAUUUCAGGAAGUAGUCAGAGAUAGUUCACUGGAUGACUACUUAAAGAGAGACCUGCAUAGCAAGAAAUCAGAUACAAAGUACAAAGAAAUGCUGAAAUUCCGGGAAAAACUACCAUCUUAUCAGAAAAAAGAGGAUUUGGUGGACCUCAUCAACUCUAACCGUGUCCUGGUUGUGAGUGGGGAGACAGGGUGUGGAAAGACCACUCAGGUCACCCAGUUCAUCCUAGAUGACUAUAUCACUAGAGGCAUGGGCUCGAUUUGCCGGGUGGUCUGUACGCAGCCUCGUCGCAUCAGUGCCAUCUCGGUAGCAGAGCGUGUAGCAGCAGAGAGGGCAGAAAGUGUAGGGAAUGGAAAUUCUUGUGGUUACCAAAUCCGCCUACAGAGCCGGUUGCCACGGAGACAAGGUUCGGUCCUGUACUGUACAACAGGCAUUAUUCUUCAGUGGCUUCACUCAGACCCAUUGUUGUCCAGUGUCAGUCACCUGGUUUUGGACGAGAUCCAUGAGAGGAACCUGCAAUCGGACGUUUUGCUCAUCAUUGUGAAGGACCUACUCAGCGUCCGGGACGAUCUCAAGGUCAUCCUCAUGAGUGCCACGCUCAACGCAGAGAAGUUUUCUAAAUAUUUCGACAACUGUCCAAUGAUCCACAUCCCUGGUUUGACGUUCCCAGUGGAAGAGUUCCUACUAGAGGACAUUGUAGAGAUGACCAGGUACCGUCCCCAGAAUCAGGACCGGCGCCCCUCAUGGAAGAGAGGCUUUUGGCAGGGGCGCCACUCCAGACCUGAGAAGGAGGAAAAAGAGGAGGAAUACAAGGAGAGCUGGCCUUGUUAUGCACGCACACUGCAGGACAGAUACUCUGACGACACCAUUGCGGCACUGGAGAUGUUGGAUAAUGAUGAAAAGAUUGAUCUGGAGCUAGUCCUCGCACUAAUCCGUCAUAUUGUGCUCAAUGAGGAGGAAGGAGCAAUCUUGGUGUUCCUGCCUGGCUGGGACAACAUCAGCGGUCUGAAUGACCUGCUCAUGGCUCAGCAGAUGUUCCGAUCAGAGCGGUUCGUUAUCAUCCCUUUGCACUCCCUCAUGCCUACCGUUAAUCAGACACAGGUGUUCAAAAGGCCUCCUCCUGGAGUUAGAAAGAUUGUGAUUGCUACCAAUAUAGCUGAGACCAGCAUCACCAUAGAUGAUGUUGUAUACGUGAUAGAUGGAGGGAAGAUUAAGGAGACCAACUUUGACACCAACAACAACAUCAGCACUAUGACAGCCGAGUGGGUUAGCCUGGCCAAUGCCAAACAGAGGAAAGGACGUGCCGGCAGAGUAUGUCCAGGGAAGUGCUAUCAUCUGUACAAUGGUCUCAGAGCCAGCCUGUUGGAUGCCUAUCAAUUACCCGAAAUUAUGAGGACACCACUGGAGGAGCUCUGCCUGCAGAUCAAGAUAUUGAAGCUUGGGUCUAUAGCCCGAUUCCUGGAGAAAGCCCUGGACCCUCCCACUGAAAAGGCUGUCAGUUUAGCCAUCAAGAACCUCAUGGACCUGAAUGCCCUGGACCAUUCAGAGACUCUGACAGCGCUGGGUUUCCACCUGGCUCGCCUGCCUGUGGAGCCUCACAUUGGCAAACUCAUCCUGUUCGGAGCUCUGUUGGGCUGCCUCGACCCCGUACUCACCAUUGCUGCUUCACUCAGCUUCAAAGACCCUUUCUUCAUACCCCUGGGUAAAGAGAAGAUGGCAGACAUGAGGAGAAAAGCCCUGUCCAGAAACUCUAAGAGUGACCACCUCACUAUUGUCAAUGCUUUCCAGGGCUGGGAGGAAGCGAAACAGCGUGGUGCCAGGUAUGAGAGGGAGUACUGCUGGGACAACUUCCUGUCUGCCAAUACACUCCAGAUGCUGAACAACAUGAAGGGUCAGUUUGCUGAACACCUAAUGCAUGCAGGCUUUGUUAGCAGCAAGGACCCCAGAGACCCCAAAUCUAAUGUCAACUCAGACAAUGAGAAGUUAAUCAAAGCAGUGAUUGUAGCCGGCCUGUAUCCUAAGGUGGCCAUGAUCAGACCAUCUCACAGCAAAAAGAGGCCAGGGGUUAAGGUGUACACCCAGGCUGAUGGAAAGGUGUGUAUCCACCCGAAAUCUGUCAAUGCUGAAGAGACAGACUUCAACUACACGUGGCUCAUCUAUCACCUCAAGAUGAGAACGAGCAGUAUCUUCCUGUACGAUUGCACUGAAGUGUCCCCUUUCUCGCUGCUGUUUUUCGGAGGAGACAUCACCAUCCAGAAAGAUGAGGACCAGGAGACCAUCGCAGUGGACAAAUGGAUCGUCUUCAGGUCCCCGGCACGCAUCGCCCACCUUGUCAAGAGAUUAAAGAAAGAGCUGGAUUCUCUACUGGAGGAUAAAAUCCGUAACCCGGCUCCUGUGGACUGGCAAAACCGUCAGUCCAAAGACUGUGCUGUCAUCACAGCCAUCAUAGACCUCAUCACCACCCAGGAGAAGCCCACAGGCAUCACUAAGGGCUAUGGAAGAACAUGUGCAUCUGCCCCCAGAGGACAACACGUUUACUUCAAUGACGACGACGAUGACGAUGAUUAAAAGCACAGGUUUUUGUCCAUCUAUGAAUAGAGGAGAAAUGACUGACAACAUCCUUGGACACAAAGGUUAGUUAGGAUAUUUGUGAUAACCAACUGCCUUCUGUAAUAAUGCUCCCUGGAUGAUCCCAAAGGCCAAACACAGGGUGCAAGAGUACUAGAAAUGUUAUACACUUGAAUGACUCCCAUUAUUAGUUUGUUUGCCUGUUGGGUCUUUAUUUUGCAAGGACCAAUCCAUGUUCAAAUACACAUGUUCAAAAAUAGUAACUGUUUUGUUUAUUGUUUAGGUUGUAUGUUUUUGGUCUGGUUAAGUAAUGCUCUUGUUUUCAAGCAAUGUCACUUAAUGGACUGCGCAAUAAAGAACGGAUGUACCAUAAAACACUGCGUAACUUUGUCUGCC